UUUUUCUCUCUCACACACAUAAUGUGAGACUACAUUUUCGUUGUCUUUUCAUUUUGCCAUGGACUUUGUUUGAAAUCUUUGUCGCUUUUGUGUUCAGUUUUAGCUUAGCCUAUCAUUUGGUAGCUGUUGCUAUUUUUUGUUUGUCUCUCCUGUCGUCGUCGUCGACGACAGAUUGGAUUUAGUUUGUUUAGUCUGAGGCACUUUUUGAUGCGCUUAUUCAGUGGUGUGUCGAAAAUUUCGAGUACAUUCUAAUAACUGUCUGUUUAGAUUUAUUGGUUCAUCAUGAAAAUGGGAAAGCAGUCGAGUUAUAAAAUGUAGACGAAAUGUUGGGAAUUUAAGCGAAUUUUUCCUUUUAACUUUUUUUUUGAGAAACGAAAAGCACGUGACCAACGCACACAAAGCACAUGCACAACAAAUAAAAAAAAGCAUUCAGCAACGCGUAACUGUUAACGCAUAAUAUCGCCAGGGGCACAAUUCUUUUAUUUCCCGUGCACAUCAUCAUCUUCUGCACGCAUCAAACAAUUGCACACACACACACAAUUCUUUUCCGUGUCAAAUUCCAAAUCUAAUGAGUCAGAAAUGCAUCGUGUUUUAAGCUAUCAAACAGCCAUGCAAAUCAACGACGACCGCGAUAUUCGAACGUACAUCACAAAAAGGACUUGUAUCAGCUUGAUAUUUAGUGCAUCCUUUUUUACACUUAUACUGGGUUUUCUUUUGGGUAAAUUCGUAUCGGAUCGCCAUUAUAAAAUACGACAAAUGACUCAGCCCAAAUAUAUAGCCGUUAUCGAACAGCUUCAGACGUUGCGACGAUCAAUAGAAACAUCUGCUCAAAACAUAUCGGAUUCGACGCUGUUGCAAACACAUCCGAAAUACAAUCGUUUGCUAUGGGACGAGGCGAUUAAGACACAAUCGUGUACGGAUAAAACCAUUGAUCAAAACUUUGACAUCAAUUUUGAAGAUUUUAUCGAAAAAUUGGUGGACAAUGAGUUGAAAACGGUCGUUCAAUGUCUCAUCAAAUUGAAUAGCAUCCUUAACACGCUUGGGAAGGACUAGCGGUGGCGAGCAUAUCGGCGUCUCGGCUAACUUUAGUUGAUUCAUCCAAACAUUCCAUCUGUUUUGAUGAUUAAACUGUUGGAGCAUCACGUCGAGACUGUCCGAGACAGUCGCUCAAAUCGAACGAUUUCGAAAGGGCGAAUUACACUUUCACCAUUCAAAUUUCUUAACUAAUCGCCGUCUCUUUCAUUAAUAUUAUUUAGUUACCGAUUAAAAGCCUUUAGUUGGAGUGACAUUUUUCUUUUCAAUUCAUAUGGAAAUCAUACACACACACACACUUCAUUGUUUUCAUAUACACAAAUCGUCACGUGAUUGGAGGACGCAACGGCACAGACAUCCUAUGGCACAUCGCUAAAUUAUUUAGUCUAAAUUAAUAGUCCGUGUGUGUGAGCGUGUGCAUUUUUUUCUCCUUCUGUUUAGCCAAAUCGCCGAUUCAUAGCCUUUUUAUGUAAAUAGGCUUCAGGCUAUAAUUUUAUCGAUUUAUUAUAUAAACUAAACAAAAAAUUUAGCAUUUAGAAUCGUUUAGGUAAUUUUUACAGCUAUCUCUAUGCUAACAAGUGGAGAAACCAAAUACAUUUAAAUGGAAAGAAGAAAGCCACAAAGGCCGGAUCAAGCAAAUAUGUAUUAAUUCCACAAAAAUGUGCACGUGUUCAUAGGAUUUUUGUAAUAACACAGAUACGUACACACACACACACAUACACACACACAC